GUUCAGUUCGCGUUUGAACGCGCUAGUGAACGGUCGGGAAAAUAUUCUCACACAUUUUGGAAUAUUUGUGGCGAACGUGUAUACGAAAGAGUGUCUAUUGGGUGUUGAAUUGAAUCAAGCACCAAAAAAAAACAGCGCAAUUCGAAAGAGAAUAACAAAAAAAACAUUCUCACAAGCAGCUUGAUCGACAGUGUGCAGGUGUUCCUUUCAAUUUACGGGUAGUACGGUUCAAACAAAUAAACGCUACUACCGUACUGGCAGGUGCAGAUCACAUCACACAUUAGACCACUGCCCGGGAAAAGCGCAUUCGGAAAGAUGAGUUAUGAAUUAAACACACCGAAAGGUGUGUAAACAAGGAGCGAUUUAAAUUCCAUACCCUCCGUGAGUGGUGAGUGAGUUUGUCCGUCUUCGUGCAAAACGGCGUGGCGAACGGUAAUAAAACCAGCUUCCUACCCGGGCGGUCCCAAACUGUUUGUUUAUGGAGCAUCCUGCUGCUGCUGGAGUAGCUUCUGCAGUUUGUUUGCCUCCCAACGGGUCAAAAUGAUUCAAUAGCAAGACCGACAUUCUGCUAAUGCAGGUGAAACGAUACACACAGUGGGGUCCGUCUGACGGUAAACCCGGUGCGAUAGGAAGCGAAUCACGUCAUAUUGUAUCGAUACCACCACCGUCUUCGAUCGGACGGAAAUGUGAAUGCCGUGGUAGACAUUUUAAUGAGAUUCGGACCAAUUUUACGCCUGUCGUGUGUUGGUUAGCUAAAAAUAAUACACAUCUCGCGUAAGCUUCCGAUCGGACUCAGUUGACUUCUGUUGACAAGGGGGAAAAAAACAGUGACAGUACUUACUUGAUUUAAGCCGUGUCCGGGAAGGAAGAUGUGCUCAGCAAGUUAGCAACAAUGUUCGUGUGUGGAUCUUCUGGAUACGUUUCGGUUGUGGAUUCGCAUCUGAAAAAUAAUAUUCCUUAGAGUGGCGACGACAAGAGCGGAGCAAUUUUUGAAUAAAUUUAAGUGUUGAAGGCAGUACCUGUUUGUCUGUUGACGUCCCGGUGCAAAGGGCCCGUUUGCUAUGCUUGUAGCGUAUGUGAGUUGAAACAGAACUCACCCCCAUUCCGGUUCAGUGUUGAAGAUACAGAUACGGUGUUAUCACGAUAUAUACACAAAAAAAAUCGGAAUGAAAACUGUCCGCUUAGUGAACACGUGAACACAUCUAAUCGAAAGUGACUGUGCGGCUCGGCUUGUGUGCCCCGUCAUGUGAAGUAACGUAGGAUUGGAACACUGUUGUAGCGAGUCAAAUUGGAACUGGGACACAACACUCUCGGUGUCACCUCGCAUUCCCAUUGCGCUGUCCAGCUCACCGUACCGAAGACGCGGCCAGAAAGCUAGCAAACGGCGUGUAGGUGUUUCGGAAAAAAGGACAUGCUUUUUUGCGGUGGAAUAAAUUAGAAAACCACUGCACGGUACGCGCACCGGCAAUACCAGGAAGCUGACCGUUCCGGUACAACCAUGGACUGGAACGGAACGACCAGCGGUACAGUUGAUCUGCUAGUGUCCGCCGGUACAGUUGCCCUAUCGACGUUGGCACCGGCCCCGACGGCCGUACCACCGGAUCUUAACCCAUCCACGGGGAUGUCAACUACCGGAACGGAUACCACCAGCAUGACAGCUUCCGUGAGCGAUAUAACGAUAGCGACCGCCGCACACUACCACGGUGGCAUACCGUUUCCUUCCGAGCUGCUAACCUUCCUGCGGCAGACCACCACGAUCGCUACGUCCUCUUCUGCCUCCUCCUCGAUGCCUUCGCUGGGUGUUACGAAUUUUUCCACCUUUCUCAGCAACAUCACACUUCGGGCGCUAACAGCAUCGGCUGGCGGUGGUGGUGUUGCGGGUCCAGGUGGAACAAGUUCGGCCGAGUUCACCGCAAAUCUGUCACGCCGUUUCCCGCACCAUCCGUUCUUCAGUACCUUCUUCAAUGAUUCCGCACUCGACAUCUGUCCCUCGAUCCAGAUGCCGGUUGGGAAUGUGAUUUCGAUGAUUCUGUACGCGUUGGUCGCUAUCGUGGGUUUGUUCGGUAACACGCUCGUUAUCUAUGUGGUGUUGCGCUUCUCCAAGAUGCAAACCGUCACCAACAUGUACAUCCUGAAUCUGGCCAUCGCUGAUCAGUGCUUUCUGAUCGGCAUACCGUUCCUGAUCACGACGAUGCACCUUGGCGAGUGGACGUUCGGCAAUGCGAUGUGCAAAGCGUACAUGGUAUCGACCUCGAUCACACAGUUCACGUCGUCCAUCUUUCUGUUCAUCAUGUCGGCCGAUCGGUACAUUGCUGUGUGCCAUCCGAUCUCGUCACCGCGCUUCCGGACGCCACUCGUGUCGAAGGUGGUGUCCGCGAUCGCGUGGACCGCAUCCGCACUCAUCAUGCUGCCGGUAAUGCUGUACGCGAACACGAUCCGCCGGGAAAAGGACAAGAUGUCGUGCAACAUUAUGUGGCCCUCGGAGACGGGCGCUAACUCCGGUUCCACCUUUACGCUGUACUCGCUCAUACUCGGAUUCGCGAUACCGCUCACGUUGAUACUUAUGUUUUACUAUCUCGUCAUCCGGAAGCUGCGUACGGUUGGGCCGAAAUCGAAAUCGAAAGAGAAGAAACGAUCCCACCGGAAGGUGACGAAGCUGGUCCUGACGGUGAUUACCGUGUACGUGCUCUGCUGGUUACCGUACUGGAUUUCACAGGUAGCGCUCAUUAACUCACCACCGGACAUUUGUAAGUCGCGGCUAGAGAUAACCGUGUUUGUGCUGGUGAGCUGGCUCGGUUACAGCAACUCCGCCAUGAAUCCGAUUCUGUACGCCUUUCUGAGUGAUAACUUUAAGAAAAGCUUCCUGAAAGCGUGUACCUGCGCCAAGGGUAAGGAAAUUAACGCACAGCUGCAGAUUGAGAAUAGCUUUUUCCCUCGUUUCGGUCGUAAUCGUGGCUCGGAGCGUGGUAAUUCUACCAAAGUUUUGCAGUCGAAUAAUCGGCCCAACAACCGAACAGGACUGCCGGAUGCUCAGGGCAAUCUGCCGCAACAGCAGCAACAUCAGCAGCAGCACCAGCAGCAGCAUCAGGCGCAACAUCAAUCCAACGAUGCUCUCGCCAACAAUAACAAUGUUAGCAAUGUGAACAAUAACAGCUCGCAGGCAGGUACGGCUAAUGGGAAAAGGGCCGGUUUCCAGAACGGUUCAUCCACCGUACCGUACGGUGGUAUGAGCUCGGAUCAAGGCUCCAUCGUGCGUGGAUGUGGCCCAUCAACGAGCGUAACGACCAUCCAAUCCUCGUCCGCUCGUCCAUCCACCGAUCUGCCGCCAGCCGGUGCACCGAUAGUGCCAAUAUCGAGCCGUGCACUGGACAGUGGUAACGAUGGUUCACCGGUGCCCGGUUUCUGUGGCCGGCCGCCCGUACUCCACACGGACCUGUAAAACGUCAACAAC